CUACAAGCUGUCCUGUUGCCGCAGUACCGUUCGAGGGUUCCGAGGUCGUAGUCGAAGUAACACCAACAAAACAAAAACCCGCUCUGUACUGCAUAAAUGUAGUGAGAAACUAUCUCCAUUUGACAGAGAAAGAAUGACGACUUGACAGAGAAGGAGAAAUGGAGCAGUUCUUCUCACUUAGUCAUGGUGAUCUGCAGUAGUUAUGGACCCCACCACGUCCUCCACUUACGUUUAUGGCAGGUCUGCUGCCAAUGACCACUUGGAAGACUGGGAUCUCCUCCCUUCUGUAUCUGCUGGUUCUCUGAGCCAAGAGGUGUGCAGUGAGGAUCAGGGGACAGAGGAAAAAAGUAAAUUUAAAUCCAGGUUGGUCUCAGCAUGGAACAGCGUCAAAUACGGCUGGUCCUUGAAGCAGAAAUCAAAAUUUAACAAGAGCUCCCCACUUUUCAUGCUGGGGAAGACGUACAACCUCAAAGAUGAUGGAGACAAAGAGCGUUUCCGUCGCUCCUUUGCAUCCUUCCUGUGGUUGACGUACAGACGGGGCUUCCCUCAGCUGCCUGGCUCCUCUCUGACCACCGACAGUGGUUGGGGGUGUGUUCUGCGUACGGGCCAGAUGCUGCUGGCACAAGGCCUGCUCAUACACCUGAUGCCACCAGGUUGGACUUGGUCUUUGAGAUACUGUGCCGUCAAAGACGACUUGGACCUGCUUCAACCUGCAGAUAGCGCCGAGUGUGGAUGGAUGGCAGAAGAAGGGAGAAAUAGGAGGGGGCGAAAAGUGAGCGUUGGUUCCCUCCUGGACAGACCCACAGAGGGCACCCACAGAAGGGUGGUGUCCUGGUUUGCAGACCACCCCGCAGCCCCAUUUGGCAUACACAACCUGGUAGAGUUGGGUAAAAGCUCAGGGAAGAAGGCCGGCGACUGGUACGGUCCUUCCAUUGUGGCACAUAUCCUGAAGAAAGCUGUGACGUCUUCGGUGGACCUCCCCAAUCUAGUUGUUUAUGUUGCACAGGACUGCACUGUCUACCUACAGGAUGUAAGGGGGUUGUGUGAACGGCCCCAUCCUCACGGCUGGAAGUCUGUCAUCGUCCUGGUUCCUGUACGGCUCGGAGGACAAGAACUCAAUCCCUCCUACAUUGCCUGCAUCAAAAAACUUUUGAUGCUGCAGUCCUGCAUUGGGAUCAUUGGUGGCAAACCAAAGCACUCUUUGUUCUUUGUUGGCUUCCAGGAUGACCAUCUGCUGUACUUAGACCCUCAUUACUGUCAGCCUACAGUGAACAUAAGAAAGGACAACUUUGCUUUAGAGUUGUUUCACUGUAAAUAUCCAAGGAAAAUGCCCAUUUCACGCAUGGACCCCAGCUGUACCAUAGGUUUUUAUGCACAAGGACAAAAUGAGUUUGAGUGCAUGUGCGCAGUUGUAAAUGAGGCUGUGUCCACAUCUGCAGAGACGUACCCCAUGUUUAUAUUUUCCGAGGAGAAACGUCGGGAUGUGGAGGAGGAAAGCAUCCCACGCACAAACAGCAUCACUUACAUCCAGAGAAAUAAUGAAGUGAAUGAUGAAGACAGCAACAGCGUAGAUGAGUUUGUUCUUAUAUGAACAGUGAAAGGACAAAAUCUGCUAUGUUCAUGUGAAAUGUAAAGCUGAGGAACAAAUGAAUUCACAAACUGCUCUGUGCAACAAGCUCCAGGACGCAGGCAGGGACACACAGGGAUACAGUCAUUACUGCUGUAUUUUUAUUCAUGUUUUGAACUCUCAGGAACAAAAAAUGUUCUUGUCAUUUCACUCUGAGGUUAAUGUUGUACCAUGAACAAACUAAAGAGAACUGUUACUGUGCAAUAUCUGUGUUUUAUGGUCAGGUGGCCAGAUAAGCUGCUCUUUAUAUGGACUGGAAAAGUGGAUUCCUAAAUUCUGAUUCAGAUGUGUUUAAGUGUAAAGAAGUUAAUAAAACAUGCUCUAUA